AUGGACCCAUUGGAGUAUCAAGCUGAAAGGUGGAGACGAAUCAAGGUGCUCCAAGAUGAGGACCCCCGCUUGCAAAACCUCAAGAAAUUCUUGCGAUGUGAAGUGGAUGGCUUCUCUCGCACGCAGAUACGUCGCCUUUCAAAGGAAGCCGACUUGUUCGAGUUGGAUAGACGAGAUUCGCUCCGUCAGGACAUGCUGCACUACGCUCAUGAGGGUUUCCAAGGGGAUCACCAGGGCAUAAUGCGUACACAUGAAAAACUCCGGUCGGACUUCUACUGGUAUGGAAUGUAUGCGGAUGUGAAAACGUUCGUCAAAGAGUCCGACUCACCCAUUCGUGACCGUCUCUAUGGGCUUCGUCACACACUUGCCGGGGUCCGCCCGGGCAACACGAUUCUGUUUCGUUUUCAAGAUAUGUUCUCCGGUUACGCCAUGUGCAAGCCGAUGAGCUCAACCAUUGCACAAGAAGUGGCCGAGGCUUAUGAAGAUCGUGUCUGUCAUAGGCCCCAAGCAAAUGGCCAACAGGAGCGGUCAGUCCAGACGGUGAUUCAAAGUGUGCGUGCAUACGUGGCUGAGGCAGAUCAGUCCAAUUGA